AUCGAACUCGCGUUUCUCUGAUUUCGCUAGGGUUCGAUUUUGCUGUUCGGUGGCUUCGGAAACUGUAAACUGAUUUCUUCAGUGAAGGUAGAAAACUGCUUUCUAGAGAAUGGAAGAAUCAGUAGUAGCAUCUGAAGGCUUAGAAUUUAAGUGGGGUAAAAAGAAAGGUGUUGGUGGGAAAAAGAAAGAUGUCCAAUUCUAUGAAUCUUUCAUCUAUGAUGGCGAUGAGUACCGUCUUUAUGACUGUGUCUUAGUUGGUGAUGCCAGUCCAGACUCUACUGAACCCUUCAUUGGCAUGAUCAUAAAAAUUUGGGAACACGCUAAUAAGCAUAUCCCAAGAAAAGUCAAGCUUCUUUGGUUCUUUAAACCUUCUGAGAUUGCGCCAUAUCUUGAAGGAGUCCCAGAUGUACUUGCCAAUGAACUUUUUUUAGCAUCGGGUGAAGGUCUUGGCCUCGCUAAUACCAACCUAUUGGAAGCAAUCGGUGGAAAAUGCUCUGUUCUAUGCAUUUCAAAGGACAAAAGAAAUCCUCAACCCUCGGAUGAAAAAAUCAACUCAGCAGACUUCGUGUUUCGCCGAUCAUUUGAUGUUAAGCAUUGCAAAGUUGUGGAUACGAUUGAUGAUAAAAUAGCUGGAGUUGAUGUUAAAUUUAUCUUUAACAGAGCGUGCUCUGAGAAAGAAGCAACUGCGGCGCAGAAUAUUGAAGCAGACGUAAAUGGGAAUUCAGAUAGUUUGAAACCAAAUGGUCCUUUAGCUAGUGGUUCAGGUAGGAAAAUUGAAGACAACCAUUUUGAAUCUUCUGACUGUAAAAAAAGCAGUAAUGGUUGCAUUCAAGAGAAAGAAAAGGGUCACUAUCAACUGGCUACAAAAAAAGCUACAGUUGCAGAAGAAAGGUCCAACAAGGAUUCUGGCUCUAGGGGAAAUCAUUUUGAUGGCAAAGCUCAAGAGAGUGAAGUUAAAAAACAGUUAACUAAACAAAAAUCUAUGCCAGCAGAAGAAAGAUAUAGUAACUCUUUUGAAGCUUCUGGUUCCAGGAUUAUUCAUUCCACUUCCAGGAAAGCUCAAGUAAAUGAUGUUAAAAAACAGUUGACUAAACAAAAAUCUAUGCCCGCUGAAGAAAGGUAUAGUAAAGAGUCAAGUGGAUUGGAUUACAGGCCGCUGAAGAAACAGAAACUAGAUGGUUCUGUUACAGUACCAGAUGGACGGAAUACAACCCUUUUGCAGAACAUUACUUCUGAUGGUAAAAAGGAUACAGGAUCUUUCAAGAGACCUAGAGACAAAGUGACUAUAGAGGAAGUCCCUCCCGAGAAGCGCAGCUUUGUUAAGAAGCGGGAUCUGGGAGUGUCAGUAUCUGAAGGAAAAACUACAAAAACUGUAACUGAAAAAGGUUUAUCCAAGAAGCCCAGCUUUGGUCGUGCUGAAGACAAGAUGUUGGCAGAUGAUAAUGAAAGAAACUAUCAAGUAACUGAAGUGUGCCGAAGGCCGGAUGCUGGAAAAAGUAAAUGGUUCCGGAGUCUUCCUUGGGAAGAAAGUAUGAGGGAGGCAGAAAAGAAAGGGACUGUGGUACUUCUUCAAAACUUGGAUCCUACUUAUACAUCUGAUGAAGUGGAGGAUAUAGUCUAUUCUGCUUUGAACGAGCAAUGCGAAGCGAGGAUGAUUGAGCGUACAUCAGUCACUAUUCCUCAUGUUGGUGAAGCUUUGGUCAUUUUCAAAACAAGAGAAGUUGCAGAAAGGGUGAUUAGAAGACUAGAUGAGGGAUGCUUGUUGCUAUCAAGUGGGAGGCCCCUUGUUGCUUCUUUCGCUAAGAUUACUCCACCAGGGAAACCGUCAUCAUUCUCAGGCCAUAUCAAACUACACAAAACUCAAACGCGACGAGAGAUGAGAGAUGCUGUGGCUACAUCACAUUGUUCUCAGCCGAACAACCUUGAAUUUGACAUGGCCAUGGAAUGGUGUUUGCACCAAGCCAGACACGAGCAGGCGUCUGAAAGUGUAUCUAAGCGGCAAUUGGAGGAGAUGAAGUUGCUGCGGAUUAACUUCAAGCCGAAACUUCCUUAGUUUCAGAAUCAUCUUGUCUUUCUCGUACAGAAAAAUCAACUGUAGAUUAGCACAAGCUCUCUUUUGGCCUCUAAAGACAGUGACUCGAGAAUUUUGGUAUUGUAGAAAUAUUUUCGUGCCAUCGAAUCCACCAACUUUGACUCGGAGGAAUAUACUGAUGCGGCUUCUGGUCUCAAUCGGACGACCCUUUUGUAGUUAAAUAUUUUUUGUAAGGGUCAGUUUCACUAGUGAAGUGCUAAACUUUUGUGUUGAUCAGGAAAGGUUCAAGAGAGUAAUUGUGACUUGUAGUUGUAGAAUCCAGGGUUUUUAAACAAAGUUCCUUUUAGCCU